AUGGAGGAUAUCGUCAGCUCCGCCAGCGCUGUCCCGAUACCUGUCGCCCAACCCUCCGCGGUCCGCGAUAGCGAGCGCUGGACGCACGGCGACUUCGCCCUCAUCUCUUCCGACCACAUUCGUUUCCGAAUACCAGCCUUCUACAUCUCAGUGUUCCGGGAUAUGCACGACCUAGGUCAUGGCGAGAACAUUGUCAUCCAGCUUGACGACGGCGAGUGCGAGACGGCGGCGAUCAUUGACCUGUUCCUGAAGUUUGUGAUCGACAACAAGGCGUGGGAGACGCCGCCACAGGGCCUGCAGGACAUGCUUCCUUGGCUCCAUCUCCUCGAUUUCUUGGACAAAUGGGACUGCAGCGCCGCCUACGAGACCUUGAUUCUGCACGCCAUGCACCGGGUGUGCCACGGGCAGAUGUUUGACAUCUGGGCGUUCCUGCUUGGCGCGCAUGCAGACGAUGCCGACUUGUGUGCGUUGGCGCUGAAAACGGAGGCCGCACGCUCCGUAUGGAAGCACACGCCGGAGCAGGUCAAGUCCCAAGUCGCCGGACGGCGAUGCACGGAUCCCACAGCGAUGAGCCUAGAGCUCUGGCACCUUAUCCCUCCCGACUACGGAUGGGCACUCGCACAGGCGUGGGGCCACCACAUGGUAACAGCUACGGCGGUGGCAGCCACGGACCGCUUCCCCUGCCCAUGUCCCGCUCACAACAUCAUGACCCGCUGGGUAGACCUGAGCGGCGAGUUUCGCUGGCGGCUCGCUAGCAUCAAGUGCUUCCGGACAAGGUGCACUCGACGGGUACCCGUUCGAGGUGCAUCCCAUCAAGCUAAUGGGCGUUCAGCUGUUGAGGGCCGUGGCACCGAGUCCAGGGUCCUCCGCCUGACUGACGCCGUUCUCGAGCACAGCGAGGUCAUCGGGCUCUUCGUGGAGCUCCUUGUCCACCGCCAGUGCAUGGAGCUCAAGGGCAACUCUCUCCCCGAUAGCUGGGGUGGUGUGCAGAAGUAUGUGCACCUCGUCCAGUUCCUCGACAACGCUGGGCAUUGCGAGGAUCUGAUUGCGCUCUUCUGCUACCAGUUGGGCAAGGCCGUCGAGGGUAAGAAGCUUGCUGCCGUUUGGGGCGCUCUCCUGGGCGGACUCGCCAAGGACGUCGAUUUGAUGGUCAUUUCUCUCAAGGCAGGCGAUGUCAAUGACACUUGGACUACCGAGGAGGACGUCCUCGUCACCGACGGCCUGACUACUGCCGAAGGCUGGGCGCUCGUCAAAGCCGACGCCGCAUCGGGUGGUGACAGGAUUCUCCUUGGUGCCAACCGCCUCGACCCCAGCUCGUGGUCGAAGGAGAUGCGUGGACUCAUCUGCAAGGACUACCUCCUCGCGCUCUACUCUGGGUGGACCAAGGUUGAGCCCGAGGUCCACCUCCUCGAGGGGUACGUUGCCAUGAGCCCGACUGAGGUCGGCAGCGACGACGGCAGGGACUCGCCUUCGCCCUCUCUCUUCGUCCGCACGUCGUCGUACCGCAAGCGCAACCUUCUCAGCCGCGGUGGCGCCGCCUACUUCAGCCGCCGCCUGGCGAGCCUUUCCAUCGGCACCGCCCGCAAGGCGGACACCGAGCAGGAGCUCAGUGACCUCUCCCGCUCUUCCGGGACUGACCGCACCUCGUCCGAAACUGACCCCAUGGUUGCGGUUUGGAAGCAAUACGCUGAGGAGGUCAAGGGCGCCCUCGCCGAGCUCAACCGCUCUGCCCCCAUCGCCGUCCUCCAUCAUCCCGUUCCCGUCCCCGCCGGCAGCGCCAAGGACCGCAUGCGUCACAUUCUUGCGUACGGCGUCAACAUGCGCAGCAAGAUCAACGAGCAGCGUUAG